CUCCAGCAUUUGAGAGUAAAUGGCUGGAUGCUAAAGCACCAUGGGGCACAGCGAAGCACCAGCGCAGCGCUUGUCUCAUCUUGAUGGUGCCCGAACGCUGUUUGCUGUGUGGAUUGUAUGCCAUCACAUGGCACCUAGAGAACCGACAUCCUGUCUCGAUGCAAUGAUGGUAAGAGUGGAUGUCGGCGUGGAGUUCUUCAUCCUUCUUUCUGGCUUUCUGACACACCACCUUCACAAAGACAAGGACAUUCUUGCUUCCUGUGGGUCUUUCUUUGCGUACUUUACCCGACGGAUUUUCCGAUGUCUUCUGGCCACCUAUGUUGGCAUGACUCUGUGCGCCCUUACGCAAUUACUUGGCGGCUUUGAAGUGUGCACGCCAAAGACAUUAAGCUGCUUCUUCCUCAUGAAGACGUGGAUUGAUCCAACACCAAACUGUCCAAAUAUGCCAUCGUGGUUUGUGGUUUCUCUGUUGCCGUGCUGGUUUCUCUAUCCCUGGCUGCGACUGUUGCUCCUAAAGACAACUUCUGCCAGACAAUGCUUGUGUUUUUGUGCUUUGGCAUGGCUGCUGGCCAUUGGCCCACAGUUUUCCAUGCUGUUGUGGCAGCAAAAUUGGCUGAGCUGGAACCAGUUGAUUUACACUUGGUUCUGGCCACCAGCACUGGUGCCAGACUUUGUGUUGGGCUGUUGUGUCGCUGGAAUGGUGCAUCACAACCCUCCGACUGCACAGGUCAGCUGGCUGGGCGACUUUGCCAUGAUAGUUCUUCUAUGUGCAUGUAUGCUUGUUCCUGUUCCUGAACCUCCUGCAGACUGGGCUGGACCUGAGCAAUGGAGGCCUGGACACUACGUCGCCUGGGAGCAACUGUUCGCACGUUUGUCAGCACCCUUCCUGGGCGUAUUUUUGUACUGCACGUACAACGGAGGUUCGCUAAUGACACGCUUGCUGUCCCACAGGACACUGGUCUCCCUUGGGCGCUACACGCUGGAGGUCUAUUUGCUACAAAUGCCUUUGCACGACUUCUUUUUGUGGACGAGAGCCCCAGGUGCCGAAGGUCUGUGGCGUGGGCUACCUUGGACAUCCGAGGUCUUUUGGUUUUACUUGCUUCUCCUCUUGGCUGCCUGUGUUUUUUUUGUCGAAAUCCUGGCAUCAGAUGGCAUCAGCAUGUUGCUCAUUCUGGGACCGUGUUCGUGCCCCCACCUUUCCAUACUUCGGCACUUGCGCAGUGCCGAACCUUUGAAUCAGAGAGUGAAGAGCCUCAGUGCAGCAUGGGCCCGGGGCAGGGGCAAACCUGCAGAGGCUCUAAGGAGCCACCGUGACCAAGACCUUGCAAGGCCUUACACCACAGAUCCUGGCACUGACCCCAUUGCAGAGUUAGUCAGCAAAGAGAUGAAGACCACAGGAACCCAGACUACUGAAAGCAGCUUUGCAAGGAGCCAAGGCAAGGAAGAAGAGGAAGAGCCAAACAGGGCCUGGAAAAGAUUUUCAAAAAGCACCGAUGCGAAGAACCCAGAGCAAACCCAAAGGAUUGAAGCUCUGUCUGCCCAAACAGCAAAAGCACCUUCCAGGAUUGCAGGGGACACACCAGUUCCUGAGCCCAAAGGACCUCAAAGGACCUCUUCAUUUGCCAGAUGAAUUUCCUUGGGAGCUGGUCAGUGACAUGUGGGCUUUGAGGAGGCCUGCUGCGACAACUCUUCCAGACACAGCAUUUGCUGGUUCAAAA